CUUUAUUGCAAGAAAAGAUCAUUAAUUUCGCGAAAAGAUCAUUCAUAUUCAAUUUGAUCCCUAAGCUUCCGUCAUGUCCGUUUCCAUGAGGUCCGCUCGGCUUGUGCGCAGCAAUCCUAUCUUGCGGCCCAACUUGGUCGGUGAGUUUUCUGCUUUCCCCUUGCUAUAGUACAAGAAUUCGAUCGGAGCCUAUUUAUCUGAAUCAUGUUUUGUUGAUGUUCAUUUUCCUUUCAAUAGCCGGGUCGCGCUAUGCUGGGGCUUUGGGUGCGGCCUCCGCCGCAAGCCUUCGAUUAAAUGGCAGAGGGUUGCCUUCUCACGUAUCAGCUCUCGCUAUUUUAGUUUCACACCGUGGGUUUGCUACGGAUCAUUCGACUUCCACAUCCAGUUCGUCAGACCCGCUACCACCUCCCGGCUUCAACGCGGAGCAGGCUAAGAAGCCGCUCCCUGCAGACGUUGCGCAAUCGGCGAGUACCAAGGCAAACCAGCAGGCGACCCCCAAUUCCGUGGUAUCAGCCCCGUCACAGAACAGUGUAUUAAGCAAGGGGAAGGCAGGCGAAGUAGGAGUGGCAAAGCCGGCUACGGAGGAGGAGAAGAAGCUUUCUGAGGAGCAGAAAAAGGAGACCAAGAAGUUGACUCUUGGGCAAAAGAUUAAGAAGGAAGUUCAGCACUACUGGGAUGGCACGAAGCUUCUUGCUACAGAAGUGAGGAUUAGCUCUAGGCUAGCAUUGAAGAUGGCGGGAGGCUAUGAGCUCAGCCGCAGGGAACAUCGACAGCUGAAACGAACUGUUACGGAUCUUGGCCGACUGGUUCCGUUCUCGAUGUUCGUCAUUAUUCCAUUUGCCGAGUUGUUGCUGCCCAUUGCGCUAAAGCUGUUCCCCAAUCUCCUGCCAAGCACCUACGAGGGCCAGAAUGCCCGUGAGAAGAAGGCGUUGAACCUGAGAUCCACCCGAAAGGAGGUCUCUGCUUUCCUGAAGAAUACACUGAAGGAGUCUGGCCUGCCGGUGACUGCAGCGACUGUCAAGAACGAAGAGUUUGCGGACUUUUUCAGGAAGAUCAGAACUACUGGAGAAACACCUUCUACAGAGGAUGUCAUCAAGGUCUGCAAGAUUUUCAAGGAUGAUCUGACCCUGGACAACUUGUCUCGCCCUCAGCUUGUUGGCAUUUGCAAGUAUAUGAACUUGAACUCAUUUGGAACCGACGCUAUGCUCCGUUACAACAUCCGGCAUCGCAUGCGUCAGAUCAAACGUGACGACCGCGCGAUCUUCUACGAAGGCGUCGAGUCGCUCUCUGUUCCCGAACUGCAGAUGGCCUGUGCUUCGCGUGGUAUCCGCACACACGGUGUUUCUCCGGCUCGCCUGCGCGAGGACUUGUCCGUGUGGCUGGACCUUCGUUUGAAGCAGGGUGUUCCUUCGACCCUGCUGGUGCUCAGCAACGCAUAUGUCUAUGCGCAGGCUGGCAAGGAGGCAGAAAUGUCCUCCCAAAUUGAUGCUCUCCGCCUUGUUCUUUCUAGCAUCCCCGAGGAGUUGUUCCACGAGAUUGAACUUGAGGUGCACAACGCCGAGGGGGCUGCCACCAACAAGCAGCGCCUGGAGGUUAUUAAGGAGCAGCAAGAGCUCAUCGAGGAGGAGAACGAGCAGAACAGCGAGCACGAGGAGAAGGGCCUGGCAGCUCCCAAGGACACUGAGGAUAUCGACGACAAGGAAGACACCAAGCUCGAGGCGAAGUAUGCCGAGCAGUCCACCGAAGGCACCGAAGCCCAGCAGGACGGAGAGAAAGCCAACCGGGCGCACACUGCUGCGCCAGUGAAAGCCAAGGAAGAAAAGAAAUAGACGGGCGGAUAAUCCUCUGUGCUAUUCUCUUUCUUGUCCAUCUGCGCGCUGCUUUUGAUGUUGACUGUAUUUUGAUGGAUGUGGCAGGCGUUCUUCUUUCGCUUUUUGGCCUUCUCUUCCUCCUCCCCAUUCUACCUUUUUUAUACUGUGUUAAUGUCCAUACGAUAGAACUUUCUUACCCUCUUUUACCGGCUAAGGUUGGCAUCCCUUGUUCGCCAGCAUCUUGGCGGAAGAUGAGCUGCCUUGUUCAUACGCCUGCCAGUCUUCUCUUUUCUUAUUUCUUGUCAUGUAUCAAUUCAUAGAUCUUUGGGAGGAAGCGAGAGCAUUAAAACUGAUCCUGGGGUGAUUGUUGAUUUUGUCUUUGUACUGUGGUC